CCCGGAUUCAAGCAUGUCGAAAUCAGGAAAGUACUUCAAACCUUUUGCUUGGUUUUGGAUAAAACUACCAUUAAUUAUCAUUCGAAGCGUAUCGGUUGCAGUGUCAAACUCAAUAAUGGAUUGAAGAAAGUUAUCGAAAAGAAGCCUUUGGAUGCUCUGCUGGACGAUUUGGCCGUUGUGAUGAAGAAUCGAAAACUCAAAUUGGAUACAUUUUAGCUUAACUUCGUCCUAUGCGAUUCUCAGGAACAAAUUGCAAUUGCAAAGUUUUUCGGAGACACUUCCAAAUCAAGAAAUCUCUUCCACGCGAAAAAGAUUGCAUUGUAUUGGGCCAAGCUUGACGAUACUAUCGCUAUUCUUUCUUCCUUCAAACCUGGAUUUCUAAAAACUAUUUGGAUUUUGGAGUGUCCUAAAAAUAUUCGUGGAAUCUAUAAUCUGGAGCAAUGGAAACAAGUCAAAUCGGUCAAUAUUCAUUUUAAGGAGCUAUCUAUCAUCCCAGUGAAACAUCUUGCUCACUUUUCCGAAUUCCUUAUUCAAAGAACGACAGUUUCAGUGUCCGAAGCAGUUAAAAUCAGAGAUGUUCUCAUGAAAUCUGCACAUUUUGAGUGCGGAAUCUUUCAAGCGUACAGUUGUCCACUCCACCCUGACGUUGAAAAAGUCUUCAAUCCUGGAAAACACAUCACACCUGGUUCGUUCAGGUCGCCUCUGCACACAGUCGGAGGAUAUCGCCUCUUCAUUGGCAGAAACUACUUGAGAAUCAAAAAGAUUUGA